AUGACGCAAGCCACGACUACGCAUUCCGUUGACGCGACGGCGAUACAUGAUACUGGACUUGCUUCUACCGUUGGUAGCGAUAUGAAGACCUGUGACGAAACUGAAGAGGCGUUGCUGUUGCAAUUGUUCGGUGCUGGACCAAAAACAUGGACGUACGAAGAGUUGGAGAGUAACGCUGCACGCGUCCCUUGUCGCAUUCCUUUGAAGAUGUUGGUCAGUGCUUUACUUGUGAGCGAGAUGAGAUCGUUCAAACUUGAGAGCCAUGUCUGCGGAAACGAUUGCCCGGAUUUCGUGUCCAUCCUGGAGGGCAUCACGGCGCCAGCUGAGGAUACUACAGACGGGAACAAAUUGGUUAUGCGCAACUUUACCCUGAAGGAGCUGAUUCCCUAUUUGAACCCAGACCAACAUCCUUCAGUGUCUGACAAUACUCGUUGCAUUUUAGUGGGGUUCCAAGACGACACGAACGUAGAUCGCGGCGAGCUAGUAUGUAUCGAUGUGCCCUACAAAGUCCUCUAUUCACGACUAACCAAACGAGGAUUGCUCGAGGUUUCCAAACGUCACAAUUUGACUUUCCCAAUGUAUUGGGGAAGAAUGAAGGCCUUAGAGCAGUUGCUGGGCCAUGUCUGUCACGACGGUUGCCGUCCGUCACGGCCUGUGUUCCGGGUUGAAGCGCCAAACCCCAGAAGGAGAAAGCAUCAACAACUAGAGCCAGACGAUGACUUGCCUUUCAAAUGGAUGCCCUUCGAGUAUGAACCGGGCGUUGAGUAUCCACCGGGCCCCACGACUAUCAAGGACAUUGCUCGGUGCGUGGGCGCGCAUACUGAAGCACUAAAACCCGAAUUCAUUGAAGAGUUUCCAUGUGCUGUCUGUGGUCAACUGCAUAAACGAUUUGAAUUGCGUCCUUUUCACAAGGAACAGUACUCAAUGGAUCUAUUAUCCGAUAAUUCUGGAACAAGACGCGAGCGACGGCAUGCUUCUGAACCAAUUCAACCAUUGGAAGGACCUGUACUACUCCCGGACGCCAACCAUAUCUGCUCGGGUUGCUCGACUUCUUUGGCGAAGAAGCGUAUCCCUAAAUUCGCUUUGGCGAAUGGAUUUUGGGUGGGCCAGGUACCUCCUGAACUUCAAGACUUGACGUUGGGGGAAAAGGCGUUGGUCUCUCGUGUUCGAAGGAAUCGAUCACUCGUGCGGGUAUCAAAGGGCCACUACAAAAUGGUCGCCAACGUUAUUUCAUGGCCUAAUCCUGUCGUCAAAGUAUACUCGGCUUUACCACCGCCUCGGGAGGAUCUGGACGACGUUCUAGCCAUCAUAUUCACGGGAACGGAGCCGCCAACGGAAGAGGAUUCCAAGCGUUCCCCAUUACUGGUAAGGAGAAGGAAGGUGCUUGCCGCCUUGGAAUGGCUCAAGCUGAACCACACGGAAUACGAAGAAAUUUUGAUCGACAACAACGCCUUGGAAGGGUACGAAGAAGAAGGGAUCCCGGUAGUCGUAUAUCAUAGGCCUGUCGCUGCUGAGGUUGGCAAUCAGCCUGGUUUGGCGAAGCCUGUUUAUGAAGAAGAGGAAAGAGGUACGGAAUACGGCCCGUGUCCCUAUUCUGUCCAUGGACUAACGACAACGAAAUUCAGUGAUUUGACUCCGACGAAAAGGAAAGACAUUGCAAUUCAAUGGCUUACCGAUGGAGGCGGAGCUCUUGGUGUUGGUCGUGGAAGCAGCCCGCUGUCGCUGUAUGAUAACCCUUCGUUAUACACUCAGAUGUUUCCCUGGUUGUUUCCCUAUGGAUUGGGUGGUGUUGGAGGAGAAGACAGGAGAUUCCAAAUGGACAGUCAUUUCGUCAUAACAGCAUUCAAUCAUCAACAAAUCAAACGGACCAGCUCCGCGACUUUCCUCAUGGUGAAGAGAGGGAACUUUGAAUCGGUGGCACAGUCGAUCCUGGAUAUCAAUCCAGCUGUUUUGAGCAGUAUCUCGGAACGCAUGAGGGAAGGACAACGGGUCGUCCCAGUUACGGAUGCUGAAAAGCGAUGCUUCAAGUUGCUGGAACAAAUCGAACAGGUUGGGGGACACGUCGACGGUUCCCUUGCCAGACGAAAGUACAUGCGCAAGGAGCUAUGGUCACUCGUGGCUUUCCAAGGAGCACCAAACUGGUACAUAACGAUAUCACCAGCUGAUAACAGACACCCCCUCGCGAUUUACUGGGCGGGGGACCCGGAACCAUAUAAACCGGACAUCAAAAGUUCAACGUUGCGUGAAACACUGAUAGCUACGAACGCGGCUGGGGGAAGGAAGAGAGGGGGGUUUUCGGCGUACCAGCCGCCUACUUCGGGUCUGUUGAACAACAAGGUCGAAUGA